UAGCCUCUUACGCUUGUAUCCUCUCCAGGGUCCUGAGGAUGAAGUCAACCAGACAGCAGAAAGCUCUGGCCACCUGCUCCUCCCAUCUCACUGUGGUGGUCAUGUUUUAUGGGGCAGCCAUCUUCAUGUACAUGAGACCCAGCUCCUACCACUUCCCAGAGCAAGACAAGAUUGUGGCUCUCUUUUACACCAUUGUCACCCCAGUACUCAAUCCGCUCAUCUACAGCCUGAGCAACAGGGAUGUCUUACGAGCCCUAAAAAAGGAAAUGUAACCAAAUUUUUGCAAACACUGAAGACUUCAUGGGGGAUUGAAACUUUGUAUGUCCCUGAUACUGCCCCUGCACAAGGCCCAAUCCCUCCUGCAGGAAAUAUGACAAAUGGAAGGGCAACCGAAAUGCACCUUGGGACAA